AUGGUGCGGUCACUACCAUUACGUAGUGGGUUUUUCAGAGCACUCAAUGUUUCUGAAGAUGAUCAAGCAGAACUCUUGUCAUGGGGACGAUCACUCGUGCCUGAUUUGGUACGUCAGCCUGACGUAGAAUGGACUAUGAUUCAUGAGCGCAAAGGUGUGCAGCUGUGUGAAGACCGACAGAAAGCACAAAGUACAAUUGACUUUCGAUCCCUCAUGCAAUUGCAGCUUCGAGAAUUCUUUGCAGACGCAGCCGUGCUUUUUCACAAAGAGCAAAACGAAUAUGAGGCUUUAAGUAUCAAAUGGAUGGCAGCUCGUACUAAAAAGGGUGUGGCCAGUAUUGGUGGACAAGCGGGAGUCGAUUUGUGUUUUCUUGAGUACGCAGGUGUCCUCUCGUCUGCAUUUGUAGACGGAAACAGUAGUUUCAGCAGGAAAUUGUCUUCCUCUCAAACAGGCACAUCUAUUGGCGUAUGUCUAUACGAAUCCAUUGAUCAAGUUGAAUGUCCAUCACUGUAUGAGUCGCAUAAACUUGAACGUGCGAGUGUGUCCAAAUGUGGCUUUAUCUUUCGUCCUCAUCACGACGAGAAUGUCGUUGAAGCCACAUUUGUCUGCAGUAUCCGACAGCCUCCUGGUGCACGCUCGAAACGUCGCUGGAAUCGUGCGUUGCUAGCACAUUGGGCAGAGUCGGUAGGUGGGAUUGAAGAAGCCAUUAGUCGACGACGAAUUUCGAGAGAAUUGACAAAACGUCGAGUCCCAACAUGGGUCAAUGACAAAGAUCGAGCUUGUUGCCAUUUAUGCCUAAAGACGUUUACAAAUACACGACGUAAACACCAUUGUCGAGCAUGUGGCGAAAUUAUUUGUCGCGCGUGUUCGGUGUACAAAAACGUAGACUUGCAAACCGUUGGACUAACAACACUACGUGUGUGUAAAGCCUGUAUGGACGGAUCAUCCACCAUCGCAGCUGAUCGUGAGCAAGCGACCAAUGUCACGGCUGCAACCGUGACUGCUACAACAGAUGGAGUCACGGCGAACGGCAUCACGCUGCCAAACGGUGUGGAUAACGGUAUCCUGCGUGAUGCAGUGGAAGAGUAUGCAUUGGCACUUCCUGGCACACAGAUAUCUGCUGUACCGGAUCUGGUCGGAAUCGCCUGGCUGCAACAACUGGCAGCACGAGACGAAGAGAGCAAAAGUAUGGUCAAUGCUUUGAUGGAUCGACUACGAUUUGAUGUGCAACCUAGGGGCGUUGGUGGAUCGACAGAAGAGCAGGUGGAUAUUUACGACACAUUGUGUGAUUUGGCAGCACAAACUCUUGCGUGCAAGUACGCAGUGGUGAGUCUAGUGGACGAGAAUCGCCAAUGGUUUAAAAGUGCAGUGAAUGUCAAGGAGUCUGAAGUGCCACGUGACUUUAGUUUCUGUGAGUAUCCCGUACGCGAUCAGCGACCGCUUGUAGUAAUGGACACAUUGCGGGACCCACGCUUCAAAUCGAAUCCAUUUGUAACAGGUCCGCUUGGUGUGCGAUUUCUGGCUGGAGCACCAUUGUUUACAGUAGAUAACGAAUGUGUUGGUGCCGUCUGUGUGUUGGAUACGGCUCCUCGUGAGUCUUUGCAGGAGUCACAAAUUGCUACAAUGCAGAAUUUGGCUCACUUGGCUAUGGUUAUGGUGCAAGAGCGACGAGAAGCUCAGAAUAAAGUUGCACGUGCCAUGGCUGCAACUUCUCAACUUGUGCCAGCUCUUCAAAUGGGCGGUCAAAUCACGAACACUACCACAUCUUCUGAUCUUGUACCAUUGAGCAGCUACGUUGAAACGUCGAUGGUUGUACAAGGUCGCGAAAGAACAAAAGAAGAUCCUGUUUUAAAGGAACAGAUGAUUCAACUCUUGCACAAAGCGUCACAGGUGCGCGAUCAAGUCAAUCAGCAAACACACAAACAACAAGCAGGGCUUCAAAGCUCAGCUGAAAUGACCGCAUUUCAAGCAUAA